AUGCCACCAGCUUCCUCUCCUCCCUCUAGUGCCGCCCUUAGCAAAAAGCCCAAGAAAAAGAAGAACCAACCGGAGGCUGCACGACCUGACCGUGACCACCGUCCCAAGGACCCUACACCGCCGGCGAAGCGGAAGAAGACCCCGCCACCGCCUGCAAGAACUCGGGAAAAUGAUCAAGACACAAGCUCAGAUGAAGACGCACCACGCCCGAAGAGAAAACGUGUUCGUCGCAGGGAGAGUCCCGAGAACGAACAAGAAGACCAGCAACAGCAACAAGAAGAAGAACCUCGACCUGAUGUGGUGGAAGCCGAAGAAGAAGGAGAAGAGGACGAGGAUGAGGACGAGGACGAAGAGGAAGCACAAGAGCCUGCCCCUGCCGGUGUGAGCCCUCCGCGUCGCACUCCCAUCCCUAUAGCCGCAUCGGCAAUGCCUCAAGACAAGUACAAACAAUACAUGACGGAGAUACGAGUCUCCAUCGGGCAUAAGCCUCAGCCGCUCAUAACAACCCGGAAAUCGACCUUGAAGACGCGGGACUGCCGAUCAGUGAUGUUCACGAAGAUCUCCGUAACAUCCAUAUGCACUGUCCUGAAGAGGAUCAUCCCAGAGCUCAACAAGAGCGGUGACGAUCUUGAUACAAUCGCGCUAUUUCUCGACAAAGCGCAGUGUCGCGCACGCACAGACGACAUCUCGCGUCUCCGAGACCACGUCUUGAAGUACGUAUAUGAGUCGCCGGGUAUCCCAAUUCCGGACAGCUCGCUCGAGAAAGUCAAGCGCGGUUGGCACUGCCAUGCCACGGCGCGGAUGCUGUGCCCGCGAAAUGAACGCGAUGUAUUCGACGAAGACCCCGAGAAGUAUUGUCAAGACGUUCGUAACGGGCAGCGGAAGAUCGACCACGAGGACUGGCCGACGCUACUCUACAGCGAGACUGAGUACAACCCCGAUGAACUCGACUGGGGUUUGCUCAAGUCAUCGUUCUUACUGAAGUGCUGGAAGGCGGUCUUCCUAGGACCCAGGAGCGUAAUGACAACUGCCGCUCCUGGCCAAGUCAACAGGGGCGGGCGGCAGACUGUUGCAAAACAAUACAAUAUUACAUCGGUUGACGAGUACAGUAUCUUGUACAUCACCAUCCUGGCUCGUUUUCAACUCAACUCGGUCGCGGAAUGGGACGUCAACGAUGGCGUCUUCACCGGAGUCGAAUUCUUCAACAACCUCCUCUCACUCUUUGAGGACGACGAGUGGCGCAAGGAUACCCUCGCGUGGUGGAACGCACAAGUCUUCGGUACGAAGACACCCGGCAUGCCUUCGAGCCACGCAAUUCCCCGCGCUGGACCGUCUUCCGUCUCACAACUCAAGCAGCAGCGCGCAGCUCGCCGUCUCCUAGCGAGUGCGCGUCGGCGUUCCAACCCUGACACGUAA